AUGCCAGUAGUGACUGUGUUUGUAUCCGGUGCUUCAGGAUUUAUUGCUCAAGAAUUAAUCAAACAAUUAAUUGCAAAGAACUACCAUGUCGUUGGAUCAGUUAGAUCUCCACAAAAAGGUGAUUCAUUAAAAGAUUACUUAAAAUCAGCAGGCUUAAAAUCUGAUAAUUUUAGUUAUGAAGUCGUUAAAGAUAUUGCUGUUGAAUGUGCAUUUGAUGAAGCAUUGAAGAAACAUCCAGAAGUUACAGUUUUCUUACAUACUGCAUCUCCAUUUCAUUUUAGAGCCAAAGAUAUUGAAAAUGAAAUGUUAAUCCCUGCAAUUAAUGGUACUACAAAUGCAUUAAAAGCAAUAGUUAAAUAUGGACCACAAAUUAAACAUGUCGUGGUAACAUCAUCAGUAGUAGCUGUGGGAAAAUAUGGGAAAUAUGCUGGUGCUAAUGAUAAAUUUAAUGAAACUGAUUGGAAUCCAAUUGAUUAUGAAACGAGUAAGAAAAAUCCAUUUUAUGGAUAUUUUGGAUCAAAGAAAUUUGCUGAAAAGUCAGCUUGGGAAUUUAUCAAUACUGAAAAACCAAAUUUUAAAUUAUCGACGGUUAAUCCUGCUAUGGUUUUGGGACCACAAGCUUUCCCUAUUACUUCAACAAGAGAAUUAAAUACAUCUUCUGAAGAAAUCAAUAGUUUGUUAAAGUUAAAACCUGGAGAUAAAAUAAAUUCACUUGAAGGGACAUAUAUUGAUGUGAGAGAUGUUGCAAGAGCACAUAUAGUAGCAUUUGAAAAUGAUGAUGCAAAGGGGAAAAGAUUAUUACUUGUUGCUGAAAUGUAUAAUGGAUAUGAUUUAUUAGAUAUCGUUAAUAAGAAUUUCCCACAAUUGAAUUUACCUAAAGGUGAUUCAUCAAAGGGAAUCACCGGAAAGGUGGAUAAAUGGAAUACUAAAGCUACCAAGAAAAUCUUGGAAUUUGAAUAUAUUGGGCUUGAAAGAAGUGUUGUUGACUCGGUUAAACAAAUUCUUGACACCAAAAGUGGUAGUUCUAAGUUAUAG